AUGUUAAGAAUUGUAUGGAAGAAAAAUAUUUUUCUUCAACAUCAUUUUAAAAGAAAGUCCUCUUUUGUGGCUAGUCAACUAGAUGUAAAAAAAUUGUCAACAAAACAUUUAGGAAGUUUUUCUUUUGAUAUUUUACGAUUAUGUGAACAAAAUAAAGAAUUAUAUGAAUCUUACAAAUGUAGAGUUAUGAAAGAUAUAGAUUUAUUAGAUGGGAAAGAUUGUUAUAGAAUAUUAAAAUCAUUAGAAAUAAAUAAUAAAAUAAAUGAAGAAGAGGAAUUAUUAAAAUAUAUUUUGAAACGAAUGUGUAUUGAAAGUUGUCGUUAUUCUAUAAAAGAAAUAUGUGAUAUAUGUUUUGUGUGUUCGAAAUUAAAUAUUAUAUAUAUACCAUUAUUUGCUUCUCUUUCCAUUGUAUUUAUUAAUAAGAUAAAUUUGGCUAGUCCAGAACAUUUAACUAUUAUGUGUUUAUGUUAUAGUAAAAUUCAAAUUAAAGAUAUAAAUUUAUUUAAUAGAAUAUCUGUUGCUGCUUUGAAUAUAUUAUAUAUGUACGAUGUAGAAAAUUUAAUCAACUUAUUAUUAUCAUAUAUAUAUUUAGAUAUACCUGUUGAUUUACUUUUACAUUCAUGUAUCCCUAUUUUUAUAAAGAAUGAAAAAAAAUUAGAUGCCAAUAGUUUAACCAAACUAGCAUAUGUGUAUUCUAAUUAUAAGUAUAAAAGUCACGAUAUAAAUUGCUUAUUAAAAAAUAAAUUACCAUUAUAUAUAAGUUCAUUAAACAAUAUACAAUUAUCUGAAUUAAUUAUAUCAUUGGAUAGGUUACAUAUCAAACAUGAUCCCAUAUGUAAAUAUUAUACAAAUGUAAAUUUGAUAUGUUUAGAUUUUUCUCUUGCCAUAAAAGUUAUACAUGUGUUGUCACAAUUAAAAGACAUUUGUUUGGAACUAAAAUAUGAUGAAAUAUUCCUGUGUAUUAAUAAUUUUGUAACAAUACAUGGAAAAUAUAUUAAAAGUGGAGAAAUAGAAAAUUAUAAAUAUGAUGAAAUGUUACGAUUAUUAUAUAUGUCCUAUGGAUUUAGUGAGCAACCAAAAAAGGGUGUAAUGUUAAAUAAUGUGUUUGGUGAUAAUGUGCAUAUGGACGUGAAUUACGAUUUGAAUGGAGAUGCUCCUAUAAAUGUAGGUAACCAUCUUCUUAUUAACAAAUCAAACGAUAAUAACAUCCUCCCGAUAAACAACAAAAAUAAUAAUUUUUCCUACCUCGAAGCUAAUACGGACAAUGUGUUGGAAGAACAUUCUUCGUUUUCAUCAUUAAAAAUAAAAGAGUUAGAUAAUAAUGAAUAUGGUGUGUCCCCAUCUUGUGAUAAUAUAAAAAAUAUAAAUAGUUUGAAAAGAUAUUAUUUCUCAUAUAACACGAAAACAAAAUUAGAUAAAAGUUCCUUGUGUUAUUUAUAUACAGAUAUAUUUGAAUCUAUAUAUAAUAUAUUUAUGAAUAGUAAUAAUAAUAUAUAUGAGUAUGAUGAAAAGUUAAAGAUAUAUAUGAAUGAUAUAAGUAAAGAAAUUGUGUAUUUAAAAAAUAGUUUGAAUAUGAAUUGCUUAUCAAGAAUAUUUAGUACUAUAGGAAAGAUGCCCAUAAUAUGGAAUCUUACGUUUUUGCCAUUGGACUUAAUAAAGGAUGACUUUUUUAUUUUUUAUAUAAAUGAUGAAAAACAUUUUUAUGAAGAAUUAUUAGAAAGAUAUUUUGAAAUAUAUUUCAAAUGUGACCAUGUAGAAUAUAAUACGAUGAUAUUAUAUAAUAUAAUUAAUUUAUUUUCCUUAAGUAAAUAUAAAAAGUAUUGUUUGGAGUUGGAAAAAUCUUUGGAACAUUAUUCGGCAACCUUAAGAAAAAAAGGUCUUGAGGAGGAAUACAUGAAUGAAGAGUGUAUAAUAUAUAAUUAUAUAGAAUAUAAUUUUAAGCAGAUCAAUUUAUGGAGUAAGAGGAAGCACAAAGGAAAGGAUAAGAAUGGAACUAUAAAUAAUAAUAAUGAUAAUUUAUUUGAUCAUGGGGAAAAGGUGAUGUGGGAAAAUUGUUCUUCAUAUAAUUGGGAGAACACGAUAAAUAUGAAUAAUAAAUUAUUGACACUGGAAUUAUAUAAUAUAGUCCAGAAGUUUAAUAAAAAUAUAAAAAUUAAUCAUAAGGAAGAAAUAUAUUUCAUACCUAUAGUAGAGUAUGAAAAUUAUAUAGCUUUUGUUUUUUUACAACCUGAAGAUUAUUAUUAUUCGUCGAGUGAAAAAAAUUAUCUUUGCAUAAUAGAACAGAAAAUGGGUUAUCUAAACAUAAACAGUUUGAAAAAUGGUAUAAAUUGUAAAAAUAAGAAAGACACAAUAUGUGAUGAACAAGAUAUAUUACAAGCAGAUAUUACUCAUAAACCUUCUCUUAUAUUAAUAAAUGAUGUUUUAUAUAAUCCAUAUAAAACAUUUUAUAAUGAUACAUUUUUUAUAAAAUCGAAUGUAUUAGUAAAAAUAAAUUUUUUAUUAAUAAAGGGUUAUAAUAUAAUUGCCAUACCUUUUUACACAUGGAGGAAUAUGUCUUACGAAGAGAAGGAGAAACAUGUAGAACUACUACGUAAACAAAUAAUAAUUAGUUAA